UGCGUUCACAAGUCCUCCUGUGAAACUUGACGCUUUCAGUACGCAGUAUUGCUCCUUCUUGCCCUCCAAUUCCCCAGCUAAAUGUUGCAGACGAGCAAGAGCAUCAACGACCAGACCACGUUAGGCAGUACAACCACAAUCAGUAUCCAUCGAUGCACAUUCGCAACCCGCCGCAGCCGGAUCGUCGUCCGUUCGACCCAUCACGCUUUGCAGAGAAUCCCACUCCUAUCGGACAGUCAAGCUCCUCCC